AUGUUGCAUUAUUUUCCACAUAUGGUGCUCAAUGCUGCUGCUCAUGCUGCUGCUUCUCAUGCUGUUGCUUCUCAUGCUGAUAAACAAGAUAAGCAUCAUGAGAUUAAUGCAGAGGAUGUCCUCGAUCAUACAGACUUUUCCUUGAUUCACAAUACCAAAACUUUUGAAGAUGUUGCCUUUCUAUGUAUUGUGACUGCUAUCAUUGCAGAGCACUCUUUCUUUCUGUGGAAACAGAAACAUUCAAAGUCCACUGCCCCCUAUGAAUUAGCCAUUCAAAAGCUCAACUCAUCUGUCAACUUGACAAAAAUCAAAACUGCCAUCGAGGAGGCCUCUCAUAUGAAAACCAAGGAUCAAAAGAAACAGGCCCUUUUAAAGAUUGCUAUGGAUAAUCGUUUUCCCCAUCUUCCCAGAAUUUCAUAA